AUGUGUGCUUUUAAAGUUGAACAUCUUCUGGUGGACGAAUUGGACUAUGAGUUGAAAAUUAGGGACGUAGUACCAGAGGAGUCGGCAACUGUCGAUAGGAAACGCAAUCUUCUGCGGGGUGCUUUGAAGCAAGAAGAAGGCAAUAGGAGUUUCACCCAACUUUCGGCUGUACAUAUCCCUUUUGAGGACCAACGGAAAGGAAUAUCCGAAACGUUGGAUAGCUUGUCGAAGAAAAUAGAGAAGUUUAGGGGAACUGUACAGGACAAUGAAUAUGUUAGAUUAAUAUCUCGUCUAGCUCAUAUUUCUGGCCGAGUACACUUGUUACAGUGUACUACAGAAGAGCAGGAACCUUUUAAAAAGUCUGUUUCUCUUAAAAUCCUUACCUUGGAGGGUGAGCUUGAUUCUAAGGUUAACCCCAUAGCCACAUCUACUCCUAAUGCUCCAGUCAGUGUCGUUCCUAGUUUCACAUACUCCAAACCUGUGCAAGUACACAAAUGGGGUGUUUCAUUUUCCGGUGAAAAACAGCACAAUGAUGUGAUUACAUUUUUAGAAAAGGUCGAAUGUCUUCGUGUAUCUAGAGGUGUCUCUGAAGAAAAUUUGUUUGCUGCUUCAGCUGAAUUGUUUACCGGUCCUGCUUUUACCUGGUUCAUGAAUAAUAGAGGAAAUUUAUCUUGUUGGUUACUUACGAUGGAAUAUAUUAAUGGUUUGUUAAAAAGUUUUGAAGCUGAAGUUCCCGCUUAUCUCAAAUCACUUCUUAUAUACAACGGAUUUGAUAAUUUAUAUUCCCUUUCACAGUUUAAUAUUGAUGAAGACAUUGAGAGAAUGGAGUGUUAUGCAAGGGACGUCCUUUCAAAGGUAUUGAAAGGAGAAGAAAAAAAAGCAAUGUUUGGAAUUGUCAGCGAAGAAUGCUCUCUAUUUAAAAUUCCGGAAGGCCAUAAAAAGCUUUUGCGCUUUGUAAAGGAAGAAUCAGAAAAAAAAAUUAAACUGCUAAAACGUCCACUUCUUUGUGAAAGGUCUGAAGGCUGUCCAGCUGAAAAAACUUUCCCCAAAAAGAGAAGAACAGUGACAAAUAAAAGUACAUCUCGAUCUGAGAGUGGUAAUGAAGGCGAUGGUUUUUGUACUCCAAAUGAUGGUUGUGUUUCUCAAGAUGAAGAGCAAGUUAAUUAUGCGAUGCAGCAUGUUUUAAAUAUUAGUCGAAGCUAUAUCGAUAAAUUUUCACGAAAUGAAUUCGACAAAGGCAAAAUUAGUGAAGAACGAUUACAAGAUGUUUUAAAUAAUUCCAAAAACCUUAAAGUCAAAAUGGAUGGUGAAUUUACUGCAAAAGUAUCUUGCCCUUUAUGUACAUUUAUUUCUUCAGCCUAUUCAGUGAAGAACUCCAAAACCGGAAGAAAAUGGGUGAUUUCAAACUUCCUGAGACAUUAUAAAAUACAUUUUAAAGAUGAUGGAACCAACUUAACUAAAAAAUUACCGAUUAAACCGCAGAAACCCGAAAUUCAGACCACUAUACUUAACUUUAUAAAAAAAGAUGAUAAUAAAAAAUGUGACUUAAACCAAGAUUUUGAAGAUCCAAGAGGAAAUCUCUUUGACCUAACCGAUCCCAAUACAGAUUUAAAUUAUGGAGCUUCGACAUCAUCUGGAUUGCACUUGGAAUUGACUACUGAAUUGAGUCAAAAUGAUUCGUUCAUUGACCAAAAUUACGAAAUUCAUGAUGAGGCACAGCAAAAUAAUCCUAAUGGGGUUUUUUUACACUAUAACACAGACCUCGACACAGAUUCUCCAACAGAUAAUCAAUCGUCGAGUCAACUAAGAACAAUUGUUGUUAAUGAUUUUUCUACUGAGGAACAUCAAGGAGCCAGCCAAGUUGUAAAUGAUAUCCCAGUAUCUGAAUUAGAGUAUAAUCCAGACAAUUCAUCUCCAUUGGAAGAUUUUUUCUUUCUUGACAAUGUAGCGGAAAUCAAUCAAAGCAAUAAUGGUUCUGAAAAAGUAAAGUCUCCCAAAGCUAAAUCUUUAUUUGAUGAUAGCAAUUCCAGAAGAGAAAGAAGCUUGCGCAUAUUAAAUGAGUUACCAUAUCAUCAAACACAAAUAACAACUUUUCUAAAUACCAUAAAUCAUGCCAUAGACACUAACCCAGAAGUUACAAACACCCUAAGUAUCCUUACCGAAAAUCAAGGCAUUAAUAAAUUUAAUUAUGGCACCAAAGGCCUACUAAAAUAUCUAUUAGACUCAGCAAUAAGAAACUCUAAAAAUAAAUCAGGACACACAAAUAAAUUUGAUGAUGGAAUGAAACGAUUCUGGCUUUAUAUAUUCAUUAGCGCAGGAAGGAUGAGUUAUGAAAUAUUGCACUCAAAUUUAAAAAAUAUACUGCCUUCUGUCACAACUAUUCACAGACAACUAGAAGAAAUGAAUAAUAUAUUAGAGGGUGAAGUGAGAAUUGAAGACUUAAAACUUUAUUUACAAAAGAGAAAUUAUCCACCCAUAAUUUUUAUAUCCGAAGAUCAAACUGCACUCAUCAAAAAAGUCCAAUAUGAUUCAGCUUCAAAUCAAAUGGUUGGCUUUGUAGCACCUUUACAGGAACAGACGAGAUUUCCUCGCAUUAACAAAUUCCCAGUUGAUUCAGUUAGCGACAUUGAAAAUGCUUUUAAGAAUAAAACAUUAGCAAUAAAUGCAUAUAUUUUUAUGGCUCAGCCAUUAGUAGAUGGAUCACCCGCAUUUUGUAUAUCAAUAUUUGGCAGUGAUAAUAGAUUUACCUCAGAAGAUGUUUAUAAACGAUGGCAAUAUCUCAUAAAGGAAGCAGGAAAACAUGGAAUUACAAUUUUGGGCUUUUCAAGCGAUGGUGACACUCGGUGCUUAAAAAGUAUGAAAAUUAUAUCGAAAUUGUCAUUUACUUCAUUGAACCCUUACUCUCCCUAUUUUCAGGCGAAUUACAAUUUAGAAAAUCCAGCAGUUUUUCAAGACACUAUACAUAUAUCAACGAAGCUUAAGACUCGUUUAUUAAAUGAAAAUAUUUCUAUGAAUAUGGGAGGAAAACGAGUAUCUAUUGACAAUAUCCGGUACAUAAUUGAAAACUAUCCUAGAGAUAAACACUUAUUAUGCAAGAGCUUCCUUGAAUCUUCCGACAAAAUGAACUUCAAUGCAAUAGACAAGUUAAGUUCUGAACAUGUCACAAAUAUGCUUAAGGAAGUUCCCAACGCCGAAGCUACAAGGCAAUAUUUAAUACUGACUCGCAACAUAUUGGAUGCAUUCUUGUUAAAAGAAAUUAGUGUUGAAAGACGAGUAUACCUAAUUUGGUAUUCAACUUUUUUCAUGCGUAUUUGGAAAGCCUGGCUAAAAAAAAAUGGUGAAAAUAUCCAAAAGAAUUUUAUCACCACAAAUGCCUAUACAUGCAUAGAAAUAAACGUUCAUAGAAUUAUUUUAGUCAUUGAAAAACUUCGGCAAAAUGGAAUUUCAGAAGCUUUUCUUCCAUGGCUGUAUAGCAGUCAGCCAUGUGAAAAAGUAUUUAGAGAAACUCGGUCCAUGAGUAGCACAUUUUCAACUAUGAUAAAUUAUACACUGCUGGAUGUUUUAAGAAGAUUAAAACGUAUACAAGCUAUGCAUGAGAUAAGCACAGACUUAGGUCCCAAUUUUAGAUUCCCCAGGCAAGAAAACAAACGACUUGGAAAUAAUUCAAGUGUCUUUAAAGUAACUGAGUUUCCAUCAACUGAUGAAAUGAUUAACAUAAUUAAAAAGGCCCAAGAAGACGCACUAUCUGACGCUAAAAAAAUUGGGAUGGAAAUGAACAGGGAUUGUUGUAUAGAAAUUAAUUUACCGACUUGUGACAAUCCGGAAGAGCAAGAAGAGGUGCAGGGAAGUAUAAUUAUCACUGAUACCAUUUCAAAGGAACAUGAGCCAGACCUCGAGCCAGACCUCGAGCCAGACUUUUCUAAUGAAGACCGGGAGUUUCUUGAAUAUACCUCUACAUUUAAUAAUUAUGACUCUUUACAUUUGAGAGACUAUACGGGUCAAAAGAAAGCACAAAAAUCGUGUCUGUCAGUGACACUUAAAGACAAAAAAACACGAAUUAUAAAAAAAUCUACUCUAAUUUGGUUUUUUCAGGAAAAACAGGGUCGUUUAUCAACCGACAGACUGCUCCGGGUAAAGGGAAUGACAGUUAAAAAUACGCAUAAGGGGUUAUCAAAAAAAAAAACAGUUCAGGAAAAAGCCAGGCCAAGGACUUCAACCAGCAGGCAAUAUCAAAAAAAGAAAAAUGUUUCGUCAACCUCAUGAACGAGCUCAUAAAGAUAGUACAUCUGAAUCUCGAUCUGAAUCAGAUGAGAUUAGCUUAGAAAGUGAAACUUUGAGUGAAGAUUUCUCUGACUUAGAAGAUUGCCAUAACGAAAGUACAAAAAUGCCAGUAAUUCAGCUAGAAUCUUAUUAUGCUGUGUUUUAUGAUACACAAUGGUAUCUAGGGCGUGUCAUCAACAGCUACAGCUCAGAAAAGUUUAAAGUGAAAUUUUUACAACAAGACCUGGAUACUUUUAAGUGGCCCAAAAAAGAUGAUAUCCAAGAUGUUCACAAAGAGUUUAUAUUUUAUGGACCAGUUAGUCUAAGCGGAACUGAACCAUUUUCUUUAAAAAGAAAUGAUUUGAUUGCUAUUAAACAGAAAUACAAAACAAUCAAAUCCAUCAAAUCAUUAAAAAAUUAAACAUAUUUUUUUAUGUUAUUUAUUAUGUUAAUAAAGCUACUUUGCUUAAU